GGAAGUCGUGGAAAUGCUAUCAUGAUCAAAAUAAUAAUAAAAAUAAUAAUAACAUUUAUAUAGCAAUAAAUAAAUAAAUUAUACAAAAUGAAAGCUUGUUCAUCAGAACUUUGCCGUCAGUAUUGUUUAUCCAUCGAUGACAACUUCCGCGGCAUUGAAACCCGGAAAAGGAGACAAAAGCCUACUUUCGGUUGCGUACAAUAAAUGUUAUUGAUUAACGAUGAUCACCAGAUUCUACUUCAUCUGUGUGUCUGCAGUGCUGAUACACAAAGUCUCUCUGCAGGUCACAGUAGAUGGUUUUAUUGGUGGUUCUGUUCUCCUGCCGUGUUCUUCAUCUAAACAUGAUCAUAAACUUCAAGACAUGAAUGUGUUUUGGAGACAGAAUGACACCAAGAAUGUGUUUGAUAUAAUCAAUGGUUUAGAUUCAGUAGAGCAACAGGAUCCACGAUACAAGAACAGAGUUAGACCUUUUUCUGAAGAGUAUGUGAGAGGAAACUUCAACAUCAGACUCACUGAUCUCAAUUACGCUGAUGCAGGAGAAUACAGCUGUCUCAUCACACACUCAUCUGAACAGAAGACUGCGGUGCUGAUCAUCAAAGAGCCAACAACAGAAAGUGCAACUAUAGUGACUAAAUCAGCUGAUCAAGAAACCCAAAAACCAGGAACAGAUGUGGUGACAUCAUCGUCUUUGCUCUGUUACAUCAUAGCACCUGUAGUAAUAGUAAUAUUGAUCAUAGCCUGUUUCCUCUAUAGAAAAAAAAUUAAAGCUGUUUUAUUCUCUCCUGUCACGACUGAAUAUAAAGGACAGACAGAAAUAAAUGUUUAAAGUUUCAAAAGUAAUUGUUACAGCUUUCAGUGUUUCAUUCUGGUGUCAGGAACUGUUUUGUGCUCUUAUUUUCUUGCUGUUUGCACCGUGUUGCUCUUAUAACAGAAUGAAACAGGGAUCUCCUUUAAAAUGGAUGGAUGACUGAUUCUGAUAAUGUGUUAGUGCCUUAAUAAUUUUGUUUCUGUUCCACAAAUCUGCUUUUCUUUGUUGUGUUUUCAAAUAUUAAAUCUAUUUUGUAUUCUUUAUUUAUAAUUAUUUAAUUAACAAUCUGAUUAAUUACAGGAUUAUUGUAUUAUACAAAUUGUAUUUACCUGUAGUUUUAUCUCUCUCUCAAGAAAUUUCAAAUAAAGCUUUUUAGCAUGACUAGUAUUGGCAAUGCGUCAGCCAUUACAGGGACACACAAUGAACAACAUUAUGUAAUACAUCAAAUAAAAAUGUCUCUUUUUAUGAAGAAAUAAGACAUUAAGGUUGUUUAAGAAUAUCUUACAUGCAUGCAUGUAUGUUUCAAAUUGUAGUUUCCACUGUCUUGACUCUCUGUUUAUAGCAGGCUGAUAUUUAUUAUGCUCCUUGCCAGAGUUUUCUCACAAAAUAAUCCAAAAUUGUUGUACUAUCUUGUGAAUAGAGAUUUAUUGGCCUCUUUCCAGUAAACACUAAAGUGCAUGUUCUGCUUCUUGCAUUGCUGGACUUGAGCUUUGUAUGAACUGGGAUCAUUUUUAUAUGAUUAAUAAAGUGUCUGUCCUAUUCCA